CUCACACUCCUCAACCUGUUUCAAGCUAGCUAGGGCAGCAGCCAUGGGUGUCAGGGGUGGUGGUGUCGUGUGGUGUCUCCUGCUCGCCGGGCUCCUUCUCCUGGCCGUGGCCUCCGUGGCGGAGCCGGACACGGGGAAGCAGGAGAAGGAGGAGGUCCGGUGGUGCAAGAUGGACUGCGAUUGGAAGGCGGGGAAGGACACCGGGAAGGCCGAGGAGUGCAAGGAGCAGUGCGAGCGCCGCCGCCACGGCGACGAGCUGCUCCAGGAAGACGGCGACAGCUUCGACAGCUGCGUGAGCAAGUGCCGUGGUCACGGCGGCUGGUGGGGAAAGGAACGGUGGGAGCGGUGCAGGCAGAUAUGCAGGCACCGCCAGGAAGGGGAGGGCGGCGGCGGCGACGACUUCGACGACGGCCGCCGCAACACCGACGACGACAGGUGCGAGAGGAUGUGCCAGCACUGCCACGACCGGCGGGAGAAGAAGCAGUGCAUGAAAGGCUGCAGAUAUUAUGGCGAGUCCGACCUCCUCGGCUUCGACGACGACGGCGGUGACAAACACGGCGACCGCUGCCAAACACGGUGCAAGCGCUUCCGGCCGGGGUCGUACGAUAGGUGGCAGUGCAUUGUGAGAUGCCAGAGCCAGCAGCAGGAGGACGACGAGGAGGAGGAGGUGAUGAACCACCACGGCGGCGGUGGCCGUGGCCAUGGAGGCAGCAGCUGCGAGCAGAAAUGCCAGCAACGAUACCGCCACGAGUAUGAUAGGCAUCAGUGCGUGCGAGACUGCAAAGGCGGCGGCGGCGGUGGCGGCGCCGGUGGGCGUGGCCGCGAGGGCGACGAACGCCAGCACGACAGGGAGAUGGUGGUCGAAGCCAUCCUCGAGGAGGUGUAAGCAAAUGCUGGAUGGUCAUGAAAGUAGCCACCUCUUUCCAGGAUCCUCGUCAUGUUGCUAUGCGUACGUGGUAGGUGCAUGUGUGAGGUAAAAUAAAUUGCGGUAACUGGAAGUGGCUCUCCAGCCUUUGAGAGAGCCUGUGUGUACGUCGAAUCAAUCUGGAAAGCUAUGGGGGCAUAUAAAAGCAAAAAUAAAAAAUUCA